CACAAUCGGAAUAAACGUUAUCAGACUGUUUAAUGGAAUCAUAGGAUGUCCAUACGAAUAAUGAGUUCUGUCUCUAUUCAUUAUACUACGCGACGUAUAAUAACGACUAAUCCAUAUUCACUUGAGUGGGGACGCAUCGCGUGGGGAUGUACUUGCGGAAACGGACGGAGGUUUUUCAGUUACUCCUUAGACCAACGUACCGAAUGUACCGAUAAUAAUCUUCAUUGUUUUAUUGCGUUUCAAACUAUUGGCGACAAUGAUAAUCACGAGUACUGUCAGCCCGGCGUUGAAAAUUUGCCUUCAAUAUCUCGGCAUGUGGCCGAAUGUACCGCAUUCUACUAUCUAUUGGCUGAGUUUUAUGUUAAGUAUAUUGAUUAUGCAGUACUUCCAGUAUCUGUAUGUAUUCAAGCAUUAUGAUAUCAACGAACUAGCGAAUGUUGCUGACGCGCUGACAUUAACUCUGGAUUAUAGCUUGACAUUUUUUAAGUUGAUCAGUUUGUGGAUACAUCGUCGAGUUUUUCAUCAAAUCUUGAUUGAUAUGGGUAAUGAUUGGCGCGAGUGCAUGAAUUUUGACCAGCAUUUGUGUGUUAUGCAAAUCAAAGCCAAUAUUGCGCAUUUUUGCUCCAAUGCCAUGUUGAGCAUCAAUGCGACCGUUACAGUGUUUUAUUUUUUAGGGGAAUAUAUGAUUGAUUUAAUAUUUCUAACUGAAGAUUCCAAUGAUACUAUGCGACAUUUUCCCAUAAAAACAGAAUUUUCUGAUGUAACUCAACAAUCGCCGUUCUUUGAGUUGCUCUUUGUGAUAUUAUUGAUACAGACAAUGUUACAUGCAAUCGCGGUUGGAACUAUAAACGGAUUAAUCUUUACUUUGGUGUUUCACAUAAGCGGACAAAUUGAUAUAAUGUGUCACAAAUUUAGAAAUAUUACUAAGGGUGCUCUUCAUAAAUCUUCCGAAGGCUUAUUUGGAAUGCUGAUAGAGAGACAUAAUAGAAUUAUUUUGUUUUCCAAAAACAUUGAAUCGCUUUUCUCCAUCAUUGCUUUGAUGCAAGUUGUUUGCAAUACGUUAGUUAUUUGUUGUCUAGGAUUUGUCAUUAUAAUUUCUAUUCAUAACUAUACUGGAGUUUUCGUGUUAAUCAAAACUGUCGCUGGUUAUUUUGUUAUAAUGACUGAAGCCUUUCUCAUUUGCUUUGCUGGAGAAUAUCUUUGCUUGAAGAGUAACUUACUUGGCAGUGCGAUAUAUGAAACGAUGUGGUAUGAUAUGCCGGCAGAUCAAAGUAAACUUAUAAUAUUCAUAAUAAUGAGAUGUCAGAAGCAAUUAACAAUCACAGCAGGAAAUAUGAUAGAUAUGUCAUUCGAAACUUUUACAAGUAUUAUGAAGGCAUCCGUAUCUUAUAUAUCAGUUUUGAAUGCUAUGCAUUGAAAUAAAUUUAUUGAAACUCAAACUUAU